AUGGAUAAUUCUCAGGUUUACAGUGACGAUGUUGUAAACAUUGCAAAUUCUCUGUUGAAUGACUUGAAGAAUAGCUAUCAAACUUGGGAAGACCUUGUAUCAAAAUGUGGGAAAUUUCACUCAGCUUUAAAAGCUGCGACGCAGGCGUCAUCUGCCUUCCUUGAUGCCUUUCAGAAAGUGGCCGACUUAGCAACAAAGACCUAUGGUGGUAGUAAAGAAAUUGGUGCUUGUCUUACUCGAUAUUGCAUGCGUCAGAAAAGUCUUGAAUCUAAAGUGAAGUCCAUGAGCAAUCACUUAGUUACCAGCCUUGCCAACCCCCUCAGUUCAAAGGUGGAUGAAUGGCGGCGUAACUUGUAUCAGUUGGAAAAAGAUAGAACUCGUCAAACAAAAAGAGUCCGUGCAGAAUUAAAGAAAGCUGUGGCUGAAGCACAAAAGUGGGAGAAAAAAGCUGCUAAAAUUGGCAUUAUUGGCAGUGGUGGUGUUGGACCUGGUGUGGGCCAUGGUAUUAUACCUUCAUCAAAUCUUGCGUGUUCCAAUUCUGAAUCAAAUGCCAUAAACAUACAGGCUGCGAAAGCUGCGCGGGAGGUCGGAAUUAAGAAGGAGCUAGUUGAAAACACUGAAAAAUCUGCCAUUCGUCUGUUACUGCUUGAAGAACGAAGUCGGUUCUGUUUCUUUGUUUCCUGUCUCCUUCCAAUCCUCGAAUGCCAAUCAAGUAUGUUAAACGAAAUAGCCACCAUGGAUGAACUUAUUCGAGCAUUAACAAAGGAAACUGAAUACCCAAAUCAGUUGGUUGAAGAUGUUGAGUCGAUUGUGUUGAGAAUGGGACGACGUGAUAUCUCAGUUUCUUCUCGAGGGAGUAAUAAAACUAUGUCAUUAUUUGUAUCUGACUCUGGAGAUAAGACGAGUACUAGUAAUGAGGUUUUAGGUGGCUUAUACAUGACUAAUGGUAAUCGAAGUUGUGUUACUUCAAGUGAUACGGAAUCUGGUCGUCAUGGUGCUGAUAUGAUGUUACCAUUUCAACUUCGUCGAGAUACCAAUUCAGUUGGCCGGUGCAAUUCUGUAUGUGACAGUGGAGAUAUUUCACUAUGUGGAACAAGUUCACAUAGCGGAAGUGGUGGAAGUAAUUGUCCGUCUCUUUUAUCUCCUGUUCGUCACAAUAUCGCUCGUUUGGGCAGUCGUGAGUCAAGCCUUAUGUCCGUGGAUAGUGCAGCUUCUGGAAGUGGAAAUGCAAAUCCCUCAUAUUCUAUUGGAAUAUCGAAUACAAACAUGAUGCAUUCUGAUUCCGAGGAGAAUCAGUUCAAAACUUUGUGUAGACCAGGUCAUUGUCGUGCUGCAAGCAAUGGAGAUACUGAUUUUCCAAAACAUUUAAAAAAUGGUUUCCGUUACGACAGACCAGAUUGUAUGAUAGCAAAAUCAAUGAUUGCUUUUAAUCCGCAAGCCGAAAUAUCUGAAAGUAUAACUACGAAUGGUAAGAGUUGUCCAGUGAAUAAUGAUGCAGAACAUAAAAAUGCGAAUGAAGAUGUAAUGGAAACUCACUCUUGCCUGGAUCAUGAUGAGAGUAAUGGUGGCAGUGAUGACGAUGCGGAGGAGGAGGAGGAAGAUGAUGGCGGUGGUGAAGAUGGAGGAGAAUAUGUCGAAGUUGGCGGUAAAACGACACAUUUACCUGAUGAAUCCACAUCUGUCUUGUCGGGUAAUUUGAGUCAGCAGUACUCAUUGGAUAAUUAUACACCUAAUACAAGUGGUCCUGGCGGUGGUGGUGGUAGUGGUGAUCCUUCAGUACCAAGCAAUGGACGGCAUACAAUUAGUUCUGCAUACGAACGUGGAUGUCAUGCGCCUACACGUGCUUCUAUAACUGCUUUGUCUUUCAAUCCACCUGUUGGAAAAGCUUCAUCUAAGGACAGUGGUGUUGACUCGUCAGCUGUACUGUAUCCAAAACAAGCUGUACCGCCACCAGUCUAUACAAAUCUUACCCAACUGACGCAUGCAGCUCAACGGAAAUUCUCUAUGUCACAAUUGCCUAUUGUUCAUUCUUAUGAAAAUGUUGACAACACCUUGGAAAGACUACAGUAUGUUAAAAGUGAUCUAAAGACUAAUUGUCAUCAUUUCCCGCAUCAGUUAGCGCAUCCCAAUUCUAUUCCAACAAGUACAUCACAAAAUCAAGCUAUGAAUAGUGCUCAACAAAUUAAUAAUGCUACUACUACUGCUACAGCUACUAGUAACAACACUAAUGGUAAUUGGUCAGUUACCAGUAGUCUGAGUAAACUUAAUCUGAAUGAUUCUGAAUUAAAUCAAUCACGUGGUGAAGAGAAAUAUGCUAAUCCAUCGGGAUUACUACAAUCUAAAGUGGAUAAAUUGUCCAGUAAUACUAGCCUGUCUAGCUCAUGUUUCAGUUCAAAGCACCAAUUGGAUGGUGUUUCAAUCUCUGGGAGUACUUCAGUUGCUUCUGGGGCUGUUGGUAAUAUGCCGUCUUGUCAUCAAACAAAUGGAGCAGAUCCAUUCAGUAUGGAAAUGGAAGAACUUGAUCAAAUGCUACCAGGGUCGAGUCGAGGUUCAUCUCUUACAAUGGCCAGUUCAACUACUAAUGACUCCUUGCCUAGUUCAAAUGGCAGUCCAGCACUAGUCAGCUAUCAUGCCAAUGCUAGACGAUCAAUCCCGUCGAAUCCACCGUGUUCUCAGAGUUCUUUAGUCAAUGAACAGUUGUUAGAGAAUAAAUUACACUAUGCAACUCCUGUGAUUCCAAGCUCCUCUCAAUGCUGCUCCCCUGCCAGUCAAGUGUCUAGUCUUCUAAGACACAGCGAAAAUCUCCCCAUUGCAAAUUCAUCGUCGCUACCGCCCGCUCCUCCACCACCACCACCAUUACCGGUAUUCUCAAUACCAUCGUCAACAACCUUAUCAUCGUCAUCUUAUUCACCGAUUGAAGUGAAUCCUGCGAACUCUCCGUGUUACAAUGUUAAAUCGAGUACAGCUGAUUCAGUUUCGGUUGAAACAGCUAAUCUUAUGUCUGAAUUAUCUUCUCAAUUAGCACAACUUGCUGCACGUUCAAAUGACAUCCACUAUUCACCAGCAAAAACAAAUCGUAUUAGUACUGUGAAUAAUAAUGAAAGUGAUAAAGAAUAUGUAAAAUAUGAUGAAUUUGAUUUACCGCCCCCACCGCCAUCAUCAAUGUUCAAUGAUGAAUUGUGUUGUUACACCGGUCAAAUAAAACAAAACUACCCCCUAAAUCAACAGCUAACCGAUGUGACAGUGGCAAUGACAGCAACGCCGUCGACUACAACUGGUACUGUUACUCCUGUUGUUGCAUCUGGUACUCCUACAACUGCGACCAGCGCCACGAAAGAUGAUCAGGAAGAGGAGUCAAGUGAAAAUUUAUCACCAUUUCUGUUAGCGCUUAAACAAAGUGUAAAGCAACGAGCCAAUCGUUUAGCUAAUCAAAACUCAAUAGUUAACUGA